CAGAACACUUACCAUGGACCUAAAGCGGGACCCCUCGGAAUGCAUGCAAGUCAUGGGGAUGUGGCUCUGGCUCGAGAGGAUUGGGUUUCGCAACGUCGUUUACAAGAUACUCUCAUUGCCCACCCCUUUAGUAAACGACCUUGCAGAAGAAACACUUACAUGCCUCAACGCCAUGCUAUCUUCUUCUUUGGAAGGAGGCAUGGACAGCAUCCCUCUGCUUCAGAGCGUCUUGGACAAGGACAUCUCGCUCCAGUUCUUGCACCAGCAUCGCGCCGACGCAGUGCAGGGAGUGGCGAAAAUGGUGCAGGAAGUGUGCAUCAGAGCCUUCAGUGACAUCAAGAUGAUGGUGAUGCAGCAGCAGCACAGGGAAGAGAACAGGAACAACGGUGGUGGUGGCGGUGGUGAAGUGGUUCCGGCAGAGGCGAGGACGAUGUUUGUGACGUUCUCGAAAGGGUACAGAGUGGCGGAGAGGGAAUUGAGGGAGUUCUUGACAAUGGCGUAUGGAGAUUGCAUUGAAGCAUUGUACAUGCAAGAGGUGCAGCACCCAAACCAUCAGCCCCUCUUCGCUCGAAUUGUAUUUAGAAAGGCAUCCACCAUUGACGUUGUACUCAGGGGUGCAACUAAGGUUAAGUUUAGCAUCAAUGGCAAAGAUGUAUGGGCCAGAAAGUUUGUGCCAAAAAACUCUACUUCUAGUUUGAAUAUCAGAAUUUAAGUAUCGGUUAUUUUUUCUCGUUUAUCAAUAUGGUUGAUUUGGUAAAGGUCAAUUUGUAUAUAUGUUUUGGAAUUUGUUACAAUAAUAACAUCGUAUAAAUGUUGAUUAUGGUUUUAGACUUUUGGUUGGGGUUCUUGGAAUGAAAAGAUGGAAUAUCUUGUGCCAAAAGUUACCCUGAUUUCAACACACACAUUGUUUCACAAAUGAUCAUAU